CUCGAAAUUUCCGCUUCUAAAAUCGGCGAAUUUUGUCACCAAAGCAUGUUGCUGCCAAUCAAAGACGCCAAAUUCUGUCUAAAUAAAUAGAAUUGAGUGUAUAUAUAGAGAGAGAUACUGAUCUUCCCAACCACCAUUGUAAAUCUUCUUCUCAGUCCUGCUCUUUCUACAGAACCGCUCAGUAAAAGUUGUCUGCAUAAUCAUGGAAAGGUCAGUGGUUGUAAGUAUCGAAAAGCAGAUGGUUGAUGAAAAUAAAGAGGAUUGGAAAGGAAGAAGAGCUGAUAAAUUAAAAUACGGGGGAAUGAGAGCUGCUGUGCUGAUAUUAGCUAUGAUUAGUUUCGAGAAUUUGGGAACAUUUUCUCUGGCAGUGAACUCGGUGCCGUACUUCAGUGGGAUCAUGCAUUAUAGUAUACCAGAUUCGGCUAACAUGCUCACCAACUACAUGGGAACUGGUUACAUACUCGCUAUUCCGGUCGCAAUUCUUUCUGACACAUGGAUUGGCAGAUACACAUCUGUUUUAAUUUCUGGCCUCUUUGAGUUUCUGGGACUUGCAUUGCUCACAGCGCAAGCACACUAUUCCAGCCUUAAGCCACCUUCUUGCAACCUUUACGUCAUAACUUCUCACUGCAAAACACCCAGUGGUGGCCAAGAAGCUCUUCUGUACAUUGGCCUAUACCUGUUGGCUUUUGGAAGUGCAGGAGUGAAAGCUUCCCUGCCAUCACAUGGUGCAGACCAGUUUGAUGAAACGGAUCCUGAAGAAGCAAGGGCAAUGUCCACCUUCUUUAACACUCUCUUGUUGGCUGUUUGCAUAGGUGGUGCUGUCAGCUUAACCUUCAUCGUAUGGAUACAAAUCCACAGGGGCUGGGCUUGGGGCUUUGGUAUUGGCACCAUAGUCAUACUUUUGGGUGUCAUUAUCUUUGCAGCUGGAUUGCCACUAUACAGAUUCCGUGUUCGUCAAGGAACAAAUGAUAUCAUUCAGAUCAUACAGGUCUACGUUGCAGCGAUCCGCAAUAGGAAUCUUCUUCUUCCUGAAGAUCCAGCAGAACUGUAUGAGAUUAAACAGGACAAGGAAGCUGCUGAGAAAAUAGAGUUUCUACCUCAUAGAAACAUUCUCAGGUUCUUAGACAGAGCAGCCAUCCAAGUAAAAGAUGAUGUGGAAUCUGAGAAACCACCAAGCCCAUGGAAACUUUGUAGGGUAACCCAAGUAGAAAAUGCCAAAAUUAUUCUUAGCAUGAUCCCCAUAUUCUGCUGCACCAUUAUAAUGACCCUUUGUCUAGCUCAGCUACAAACCUUUUCAAUCCAACAAGGCUACACCAUGGACACCACUUUCACUAAGAAUUUUCAAAUCCCACCUGCGUCCCUUCCAAUCAUCCCAAUUUGUUUUCUAAUCAUCAUUGUUCCAAUCUAUGACCGCAUUUUUGUGCCUGUUAUGCGAAAAAUCACGGGCGUUCCUACUGGGGUUACUCACUUGCAGCGCAUAGGAGUUGGUCUUGUUCUCUCUUGCAUUUCAAUGGCUGUGGCUUCAAUUGUAGAGGUGAAAAGGAAAAGAGUGGCCAGAGACCACAACAUGCUUGAUGCUGUACCAAUACUUAUGCCAUUGCCUAUAAGCACAUUUUGGCUCUCUUUUCAGUACUUUAUAUUUGGCAUAGCUGACAUGUUUACUUAUGUGGGGCUGCUUCAGUUUUUCUAUUCAGAGGCACCUAAAGGUCUUAAGUCUACGUCAACCUGCUUCCUUUGGAGCUCUAUGGCACUUGGUUAUUUUGCUAGUACCAUAUUGGUAAAAAGUGUGAAUGGAGCCACCAAACAUAUCACUAGGAGUGGUGGCUGGUUAGCCGGGAACAAUAUUAAUAGAAACCAUCUAAAUUUGUUCUACUUGUUCCUUUCCAUAGUGAGCCUGAUCAACUUCUUUAUCUAUCUGCUAGUUUCAACGAGGUACAAGUACAGGUCUCAAGGCCCUUCAGUUCCUGCUGCCAAUUCAAAUAAGUAACGGGGAACAAAAAAGAGAGAACUACUUGUUUCUUUUCUUCAUAAUUUUAAGGGAAUGGUCUCUAAGAGAUUCAUAACCAAUGUGAUCUGAAACUAUUUCCCUAUGCCUUUAGGAAGAAUUAAUUUCUAUUUCUAGUUUGCUUUUCACGGCUUCUUUUCUUUCUUUCAAUCUUACCUCAUGGCUGACCAAUUAUGUAGUUCUGUUCUGUGUCUUUUUCUUCGUAUUAUACCAAAAGCAAUAAGAUAUGCAUGAGAAAGA